UGCCGUCAAGUUUCCAUAACACGGGCGAGAAAGAAAGUGCACAGUUUUCUGCUCUCGGUAAUUUUCACAUAAAAACUUAUUCAUUUGUUAAAUAAACACACAAAUUAUUAAUAAAUCUAUUUAACAUAUUCGAUAACAAAACGUGAUAGUUAUUUUCGUUAUAAAUUGCAGCACUCUGCUUUUUUAAAAAGAAAACUUUUUCUUCCAAGUCUGAAGGUGGGGAAAAAGUGCAUAGACAACGCGUACAAAAAACGAGCGAGUAUAUUUCGGUAAAAGAGAAAGACUAAUAGGAAAGAACGAAAUCGGAAAUAUUCCUCUUCGGUACCAAGAAAAUUUCUGGCAGUGACAAGAUUUUAAUAAAUUAAUUUUUAGUGUAUUCCACAAAUCCGUGUGAUUGAUCAAAAUUCCAAGUUUUUGUUUUAAUUAAACCAGCAUAAGUGAACAAAUUUGCGAGUUUAAACCCGACUAAUAUACAAACGGACAUAUUGUUGAGACUAAAAAUCCUUUGAUGCGCUCAUUACCUACAACCAUUGUAUAAUUUGUGGACUUCAUGUGCUUCUAUAGAGAAUUUUAAGUGCACGAAACAUAAAUAAUACGUGCAUAUAUAUACAUAUAUAUGUGCAUAGAAAUAGUACAGUGUAGAUCAAAUUGAAUGCUUUAUUUAUAUUUCGGGAAAAUCAAAAAUUUUUGAACACAGAACAAACGAGACGUGCAUAGCAAUAUAAAUAGCAUUCGAAAAGACGCAUGCCUCGUCCAUAUGAUUUCGUAAAAAAGUAUUAAUAUGAAAUAUUAAGAAAAUAACAACUGUAACAAGAAGCAAUAUCAAUUAAUUAUAAUUCUACAAGCGCCAUCGGAUAGCAUCGCAUUGUAUGUAUAUUCUAUCAAAUUGAGUCUCCUAAACACAUAUUAAAUUCUUUAAGGCAGCUAAAAUUACACUGAUAAAGCGUUGCUAAGGGCUACAAAUUGAAAAACAUAGAACUGCUUCCUGCAACGCCGGUACUAAUUCUAAAAUAAUAAAAUACUACGCAUUUCCAACAAGGAGCUCACAAGUAAAUAGUGCAUAUAAUUAAAAAAGCAGCAAAACAUUCGAAAUAAAAAACAUCAGCUUAAAAAUUAUUUCCGAUGGGCACUAAUUCAGGAGCGACAACUGGUAUAAAUAAUAAACCCGUCGGUGCGGGUGGUGCGAGCGGUAGUAGCGUCGUGGGUGGUGGCGGUGGUGGUGUCAGUGGUGUUGGCGGAGUUGGUAGUGUCGGCACCAACAGUUUGGGCGGUGUUACCGGUGUUGGCGGGCUAACCGGCGGCAAUGCUAACAGUGUGGCGGGUACAGGCGGCAUUGGUACCGGCAGCAAUGGCAGCGAUGACUGUGGCAAUGGUGGUGGCGGUGGACCUAGUGGUCAAAAUAAUCAACAAACAACACCACAAUACACCAUACCAGGUAUACUACACUUCAUACAGCACGAAUGGUCACGGUUCGAGUUGGAGCGCUCCCAAUGGGAUGUGGAUAGAGCAGAAUUGCAGGCACGCAUAGCCAUGCUAUUGGGCGAACGAAAAUGUCUCGAAAGCCUCAAAUCAGAUUUAACACGACGCAUUAAAAUGUUGGAGUACGCCUUGCGGCAGGAGCGUGCCAAAUUCUAUCGACUCAAAUAUGGUACCGAUCCGCCACAAUUGAAUGAAUUGAAACCGCCAACAGAUGAUGCUGGUCUCGGUAGCGAAGUGGCGCCCGAUUCCGAAGUACCAUACAGUUCAGUAUCGAAUACAACCUGGCGACAGGGCAGACAAAUGCUGCGACAAUAUUUGGCCGAAAUCGGUUACACAGACAACAUAAUCGAUGUGCGUUCGAAUCGGGUGCGCUCCAUACUUGGUCUCAAUAAUAACUCCGAACAGGAGGAGAAUGUCAGUCCCAAUAUAAAUGGCAAUGAGAAUAAUAAACGUGCUGCAGAAUCAGAGGGUCGUCGCACGCCAGCUAAGAAAGCACAACAAAACGAUGCCAUAAUUUUGGAUACUGAAGCAGCGGUAAUGGCUAAUUUUGAAUUUCUUGGUACUACCGAAAUGUCCGACGACGAUGAGAUUUCCGAUGAUCUCGAAAUGGUCUCUGGUGAGAAUGAUGAUGCCGAUGUGAAAACUACGAAACGUAACAAAAGCGGCAAGGAUAUGAUUAGCGAAGAUCUUGAUGCCGAGGUUGGGGAGCAGCUUCUGAAUGAUAUAAAUCUAAUAACCGAAGGAUAUUCAUCACCGAAUACGACGGAACAAUUGAACAACACGGCUAACAAUGCAGCUGCCUCAGCCGCGGCUCGGCGCAAUCUUAUCACCGCCGUCACAGCAGGUGGCGAUGAGGAGGUUGACGCCUCACUCGGCCUAGGUGAACUUGCCCAACUGACGGUCAACAACGAGGCGGAGAGUUCGUAUGAUGCGAAUGCCAAGGAUGGCACUGGCGGCGGUACUGGUAGCUACCGCAAAACCUGGAACGCCAAAUAUACGCUACGUUCGCAUUUCGAUGGUGUACGCGCAUUGAUUUUCCACCCCGAGGAGCCGGUGCUGAUCACCGCUUCUGAGGAUCACACACUCAAAUUGUGGAAUCUACAGAAGACGGUACAAGCCAAAAAGUCAGCUAGUCUCGAUGUAGAGCCAUUGUAUACGUUCCGUGCGCACACCGGUCCCGUACUGUGUCUCGGCAUGUCCACCACCGGUGAUGUUUGCUAUUCAGGCGGUUUGGAUGGAAACAUUGAAUGCUGGCAAUUACCAUCGCCCAACAUCGAUCCAUACGAUUGUUAUGAUCCAAGCGUGCAUUCGGGCACAUUGGAGGGUCACACCGAUGCCGUAUGGGGACUGACUACGAUGCACAGCAAUAUUGUGUCAUGCUCAGCCGAUGGCACCGUGAAACUCUGGUCGCCGUACACCAAGGAGCCACUGUUGCGCACCUACACUGCUUCCGAGGCUGAGGGUACACCAUCAUCUGUUGAUUUUGUGCGAAAUGAGGUGGAUCACAUUGUUGUGGCAUAUAAUAGUGCACAUUGUAUUGUGUACGAUACGGAGACCGGCAAGCAGGUGGUCAAAUUGGAGGCUGCUCAGGAGAUGUCUGGCAAUACGGGGAAAUUUAUUAACAAAGUGGUAUCGCAUCCGACGCUGCCUAUAACGAUCACAGCGCAUGAAGAUCGUCACAUACGCUUUUGGGACAACGUUUCGGGGACGUUGAUACACUCGAUGGUGGCACACUUGGAGCCUGUCACAUCGCUGGCCGUGGACGCGCAUGGACUGUACUUGCUGUCGGGUUCACAUGAUUGCUCGAUACGACUUUGGAAUUUGGACAAUAAGACAUGUGUGCAAGAGAUCACAGCGCAUCGCAAGAAAUUCGAUGAGAGUAUAUUCGAUGUGGCGUUCCAUGCUACAAAACCAUACAUCGCUAGCGCUGGAGCGGAUGGCUUAGCCAAAGUGUUUGUUUAAGUGUGCACAUUUCUGGAUGAAGCGAAAUCAAUAGCAUUAACACCAACACAACCACCACCAUCGCCACCACCACAACCACCACCAUAAACAACAACAACAUUGGGUUAGAUGAGAAAAACAAGCAGCGGUACAUUGAAAAAGUGUGAUGGCGGUAAUGAUGUGGAAAUUAAUUGUAACGAGCAUGCAACGUUGACAAAGGCGGCGACGAUGAAGAUGGCGAAGGCGAGGGAUGAGGAGUUUAAAGGCGAACGAAUAGUAUCUAGAACACGACGACACACAACUGUUUGGAGACGACGAAGUCGAGUCGAAUAGCUAGCAGAUGAGCGGUUAAACAGUAGUGCAAGUAGAGCUGUAGUUGGUUUAAAUUUAAAAAAAAAAACAAAAACAAAAACAAAGCAGAAG